AUGGACUUCAAUAUUCCAGCUUACACCUAUCCCUGUCUGGCCCCUUCCUUCUACUCGAACUCUCCACAGCUCAUCUUUUUGUUUGGAGUUCCCGACGACACCCCGAACCUAGUAUCGCACCUAAUCGACAUUUCCAACAUCGACACCCCCAAAGUCUCGUAUAUCACAUCCAACUCCAAGGCCGACCGGCAAUAUAAAUGGGACUCGAUGGCCGAAAAAAACUGCUUCACCAACCCCAUGAGCUUUACUAGCGGCGGCUAUGCCAACACAGAGGUGCAGCAACUUGGAACAACAACGAUUGCGGCUAUUUUGUACGCCUCCUUUGGGCUUCAGCAGGUGUUUGACCUGUCGAUGGUCAAGUUCAAGACAUCCAAGCUUUUUGCGACGACGCAGGUUCAGGAGCGGGACGAUUAUGCAGUCGCCUGGGCAGCUUUUACUGUCGCGGAUGUUGUCAGUGGCGCACCGGCGGAGAAGGAAGGGUGGGUUGGUGUCUUCAGGAACACCAGCAACAUAAUUGUAACUGAUCAAGGACAAACAAAUUUACCGCCGUUCCCCAUGUUGGCCGUUGGAGCAUAUUCUACAACGAACGCCAACGGAGAUCUCGUCGUAUAUGACAAGGACGGCACCGGAUAUCUAUACAGGGCGUCGAGUGUACGCCACCCCACUGGAGUCAAUGCUCCCAUCGCCUGGCUUUAUAGCGGGCAAAAGCAACCGAUUGACAGUGGAGGUGCCACCCUGACUUCCGAAGCAAUUCCCAUUAGUGCGCAGAACAUUGCUUUCAUUCUUGACCAGACACUUAACAACUUGACGGUAGUCUAUUCCUUGCGACCCGAUAGCUCGCCCAAAUUGGUGAAGGUGGCGACAAAGGGGAACGUGCCUCCUUUCAUCAAAAACAUGGCGGGGACAGUAUUGGACGAGUAUUCUGGCACCAGUGAAAAGAUUGUAAUCUACUCACUGGAUCAAACAACUGGCGCUGCGAGGUUCAAUCUCUUUGACACCGUUACUGGGAUUUGGACAGGAUCUGGGCUGGUCGACCCAUCGUCAGAGCCAGCAACAGCAUCGCCACUACUACCGCCAAGAAAGAUCAUUACCUUGGAUCAAGGUGCCAACAAUGCAAGUGAGAUUAGUGCUGAAAGAAACGAGACUGGUGCUGGAGGUAGCGAGCCAAGCGCCCCAGCCGCCAUCAGCAACGACAUCAACAACAACCAACCUCCAGUCUUUUGGAACCAGCACAUUCAUCAUGUCGUCGCCGCUUCCUCCAACAAGUAA